UGGCUAUUACAGCACACCUCUUAAUUCGGGCCACAAAAAGCCCCCAAAAUAACUAAAUAGCAAAACCAAAGUGUCUUUAGCUUUUCUUCGAACACCAAACAAAAACAAAACAAAACAAAAAAUUCCCAACUCGGAAAAAUGGCGAGUGGCGGUGGUGGCGGAAAAGUGUCUUUCAAAGUUACUCUUACUUCCGAUCCUAAAUUGCCCUUCAAAGUUUUUAGCGUACCGGAGGCAGCUCCGUUCACCGCUGUACUAAAAUUUGCGGCUGAGGAAUUCAAAGUCCCUCCUCAAACAAGCGCCAUCAUCACUAAUGAUGGAGUGGGAAUUAAUCCUCAACAAAGUGCAGGUAAUGUCUUUCUUAAACAUGGAUCUGAACUGCGCCUAAUUCCCCGGGAUAGGGUUGGUGCUUCGGGGAUCUCAUUCUGAAUGUUUAGCUCUAUAUUUCAUCUACAUAGGACUGGGGGGAUAUUCCUUCCCAAAUGAUUAGCACAUUAUGUUUAGAUUUCCUCAUCGCUUGAUGUUGUAAUGUUAAGUAUAGUUUGAAUAUCAGAUUGAAAUGAAUACUGGUUUUUAUUGAGAGAUUGAGAUCUACCUUUGAGGAUUCAACUUGCCA